AUGUCAAGAAGAAGAGCAGCAAGAUAUCUUCAUUUGGAGGCAGAGUCUGACAGCGAUGAGUACGAGUCAGAGGAUCUAUCAGAAGACCUAGAUAAUCUUGAGCCAGUGGCUAUCCCGCAAGCAAAGAGCUUCACAGAACUAACCAAGGAACUUGAGGAGAAGUAUGGAGCAGAAAGAGAAGAGGAUGAAGAAGUGCUAGAAAUACCAUCACAGUCGCAACUUCUUCCCACCCCACAAUCCCCGCUGCUUUUUCUGGUAAGAUGCAAAGUCGGCAAAGAGAAAGAGAUUUGUGAGAGAAUAUAUGAAAGGGCAAAGGAUGCUGAGGUGUGCUCUAUUGUGCAGAAAGAUGGGCUAAAAGGCUAUAUAUACAUCGAGUCAUACAAGAAACAGGCUGUUGAGGAUGUGCUGUCCACGGUUAGAAAUGUUUCAAGAAAAAGAUUUACUGUUGUUCCGUUUAAAGAGAUGGUAGAAGCAAUAUCCUACAAAAAGAACAUAAUUGUCAGCGAUUUUGCAAGAAUUAAGGGCGGAAAAUAUAGGGGAGAUCUUGUUCAGAUACUUGAAAACUACGAAGAUGUUGUUAAGGUAAAGGCAAUCCCAAGAAUCAAUAAUCUGAAAAGAAGAUUUGAUCCAAGCGAGUUCAGGGGAGAGGCCGUUUUUAAGGAUGGUGGAUACUACUACAAUAGAGAUUUCUAUAGAAACGGAUGCCUAGAAAAGAUUAUGCUAAAGUCAAACUUAGAUUUCGAUGUCGAGCCCACAUUUGCCGAACUCAGUGAGCUAGAUUUAAAGGGCAAUUUUGAUGUUAACGAGACGGUCAAGGUUUUGAAGGGGGAUUUAAAAAAUAUAGUUGGCGUAGUUGAUAGCAUUAAAGGAAACGUGGCAACUCUUAAGAAAGAUGGUAGGAUAUACGAGGUAAAUGUGGACGAUCUUGAAAAGUUCUUUGAAGUUGGACAGGAGGCUUCAUACAGAGGAGAAAAUGGAGUGGUGCUGUCUGUUCAAGGCAGAAGGAUCAUUUUGGGAAUGGAUGGCUUUACUAGGGAGGUUGAGUGCUCAAUUGACGAUGUCAAAUCUGCCAUUCCACCAAAGAUAGCACCAGCUGAGAAGCCCAUUAGAUUUAAGGUUCGUAAAGAUCCGGUAAUCAAUAAACUAGUUAGAAUUACGAGUGGAGAGUUUAAAGGACUACAGGGGACAAUUAAAGACUCGUUCCAGGACAAAUGUAUUGUUCGUUUAAGAUCAAAUAUGAAGGAAGUAACAAUUGAAAGAGACGCUAUUGCACCUGUUGAUACAGGCAGAACGGUUUCCAUUGGCGAUCUCGCUGGCGACGAAGGUUUUGAUGGUAAGACACCGUCCUUCAAAACACCUGCAUUUAAAACACCUACGUACAAGACACCCUCUUACAGAACACCAUCAUUGGGCCUUGGCAGUAGAACAGCCGCUCGUUUUUCUGCGGAAGAGGCAGGCACAGGAUGGUUGGUAUCAGCAUAUGAUGGUGCGUCUAUUGUUUCAGGGGGUAAGAGCUACACUGUAUCGGAUAUUAAAGAUGGGCUGUUUCAGACUAGAACAGGCGAGAUAUUUCUUUCGCAUGAAAUUGAAUUUUGUGAGCCUGAAAAGUACGACAAGGUGAUAAUAAUGGAAGGAGACAGAAGGGGUACAGACGGCACUCUAAUUUCUAUUUCUGGCGACCGAGGUGUUGUACGAGACAGAGAAGGUCAACUGUACGAUGUUGACAUUAAAAGAGUAACGAAGAAAGCUGAUUAG